UCUAAACUUUUAAAACAAAAAUAAAACAUGGCUGCGCCCUGUGUGCUCGGUGCUCCACUCAGGCUGUGAAAUAAACAUUAAAACGGCUUUUGAUUUCAGUCAGUUUAAGGUUUUAGAUGAGACAUGGCAGCUGCAGCAAAACCGUCUAAGAAGGAGCUCAAAAAGCAACUUCAAAGUAAAACUUCCUUCACAUCACCCUUCAGUGCACAAUGGAGCCCGCUUCCACAAAAAGAAAAGGAUUUCAUCCUGACAACUUUAAAGGACAAAAUUGUCGCCACAGGUCUGGAGAAGAAGGAGGUGAAGGUGUGUCGUCAGUGGAGGAAGAAAAAAGAGAUUGAAGGAGAUGCUGCUGAGGAACCUGCUCCCCAGGAAGUCCAGGGACUUGAUCCCACUAGAAGCGGCUGGACAGAUGUGGCAGCUAGACGGCAGCUGGCCAUCGGCAUCAAUGAGGUCACAAAGGCACUGGAAAGAAACCAGCUCCAGCUGCUUCUUGUUUGCAAGUCUGUCAGACCGCAACACAUGACGAACCACCUGAUCGCUCUGAGUGCGACGAGGGGCGUUCCGGCCUGCCAGGUUCCCCGCCUGAGUGAGAGCAUAGCAGAGCAGCUGGGGCUCAGAAGCGUCCUGGCUCUGGGGUUCAGACAGUGUUCUGAAGAACAUGAGGUGUUCAAAGACACGGUUGACGCUAUUAAACCCAGGGUGCCUGUACCGGAUGUUGAUUGGCUGAAAGGUGAAGCAGCUAGAGUGACCUCUGAGCUCUCAGAUGGUCAGGAGGAGGAGGAGGGAGAAGAGCAAAUGGAAGAAGGGAAAGAGGAGGAAGGUGGGAGAAAACCACAAAAACGGAAACUGGAGAUUGAAUCUGAGGUCAAAGAGUCUGCUUUAACCUGCACUCUGCAGCCGCUGAAAGUAAAGAGAACAAUUCCUAAUCCUGCUAAGAAAAGAAAAAUUAAAGUGAAAAAACAGAAAACCAAAUAAGAAAUUCUACUCUUACAGCACAGUGGAUCCCAUUGUUCUUUGUCUGGAACAAUCUGUUAGCGUAUUUUUUGAUUUUCUUUUUUAAUUUGCAUUAUUUAAACUAUCCAAACCUCAUGGUAAACAUGAAGCUUUACUGUUGAGCUGAUCCUUUUACUGUUUGGUCGUGAAACAUGACAACAGUUUUCAGUUGCAGCUGUACGUUUAAACCUUUUUUUUUUUUAUAAUACUUAUAAGUUGCUCUAUUGCAAAAUAAAGUUUUUAUUUUAAAGCUAA